AUGUCGGACAAAGCCGCGGGGAAGCAAAAGGCAAGGCGACUCUCAGAGGACGAGGCCGCCGGCCCACCGGCAUCCGAAGGCAUCCACGGUCUGAGUAUGGAGUUCCGUUCUACUGUGCCUACUACCGAUUUCCGGUCUGGUGGACGGACUCGGAUGACAGAGGACUCUCCUGAUACCCACGGUGCAGCCACCACAUUCCAUGACGAUCGCACUCCUGUGCCAGCAGCCACUCAAGCUGGCACGCCUCGUCCAUUCCACACGCAUGUACCAUAUAAUACACCUUCCUAUUUUCCUCAAGGGCCGUCCCCGCCGUACAGCCUGUCCCCUCCUUUCGACAUCUCAUCUCACUCCACCUCCAUACACCACCGCACCAACCAAGCCUCAGUGGCGCAUCCAUAUCCGUACUCCCUCCCGCCUCCUACCGAGCAUGAACCGUCUACCUACGGUGACCCGUACGGUUGGAGCUUCUCACCGCGAGAUCGUAGCCCACUGGACCCUGGGUUCGAUGGCGAGGACCUACCGCCACCGCCACCUGUGCAGGCCGGGACUGACUCCCGCCGGGCAUGGCAGCCCCAGCCGCCCAGCCUUCGGCCGGCUCCGAGUCCAAGCCAACCGCUCCGCACUCACUGGCCGCAGACUGGGAGUUCUCCCGCCGUGAAGGUGAAGGAGGAGCCACGCAGUGACGAUGAGCUGCCGGAAGUCUCGGAGAUCCUCCGUACUCACGCGCAUGCUCCUGGGUCAGGCGCAGGCCGUGCAGUGAAGCCUCCCCCGAGCCGAUCACAGAAAGUCCCAGCACGGGCCGCUCCUGUCCGAAACCCUACCGCAACAUCGAAGACAGCCGCGUCCAAGCCAGCUUCGAAGGGUGGCAGCUCAGCCGUACCGACCGCACGCAAACGUGGACGCUCUCCUCAUGGUGGCGGGGCACCAGCGGUGCCGGCAGCUCCAAGGCGUGGUGGUCGCCAGCCCGGUGCAGCAACCUAUACUGAAGCAGACUUGGGCACGCUGAUGGACGUUGUCCGCAAGCUCUUGCCACUCGGGCCAGACGAGUGGUCGAACGCCAAGUCGAUCUACAACAAGUGGGCGCUGACGGAGGGUCGGCCUGAACGUCAAGUCAAGCCCUUGAGGUCGAAGUUUGAGGCGCUUGCUCGCACACCGAAGCCGACCGGUAAAGCGGAGGUGCCAUGGUGGGUUGAAGAAGCAUGGACCAUCGAGGAGCUCAUCAAUGAACGCGCACACCUUCGUACACUUGACGACGACGCUGGGAUUGACGGCGUUGAGCAGCCUGAGCGGCAGCAAGGCGAUGUCGAACCCGAUGUCAUCGAGAUCUUCGACUCAGACGAAGAGGUGCCUCCGAAGGUCAAGCCUGAUCCAGACGCCGUGCAGUCAGCUCCCGCGCGUAAGAAGGCCAAGACGACGCUUGCCUCGAGUAGUACGCACCGUGACAACACACCUUCCAUCCCACUGCGACGAUCUAGCACAGCAUCUACCACCGUCCAUACCAGCGCAGGCUCUGGCGCACUGGCGAGCCGCCAGACACGCUCAGGAAUCUCCAACAAUCUGCUCAGCAACAUCGCGACUGCAUUCGACCCAGCUACUCAAGCUGCCCGGGAUGACGUUCGGGCUACUCGACAAGCCGAUGGCAUGGUUCUGCAGCUCUUCUUUGAUGAGAUGCGUGACACGCGCAGUCAGCUUGCAGAAGAGAGGCGGCGGGCAGAACGACUUGAAGAAGAGCUCCGUCGUCGCGACCGGUGGGAACAGGCGGCGCAGGGCGCGCAGUCAGCAAAUUUUCACCCCUCAGGCUUCGGCGUUCUGGGAGCGCCACGCGGGUUACCAGCAUCUCCCGCGCCCUCUUCUGUGACUGCUGUUCCGCGUCCGUUUACCUACGAGUCAAGCCCAGCGCGCUAUCUCCACGAGUCACCAAGCAUCCUUGCCUCGGAACCGCCACCUCCAUCGCCAGGUCCGUCAAACUGGGCUACCCACCGGCAUUACUCGCCACCGCCUGACCUUGCGCAGAUGGCCGCUCAGGCUGCGUUUGCCCGCGAAGAGGUGGGCGAUGCGUACAUCCCCCUGCAUUCACGGAGCGCUGCGACGACGAGCUCUGCGCCGCCGUCUGCCAUUGGUGAUGGUCGCAGACCGUUGCCGGUGCCUCAAGCGCCAGCGGCCGGUCCCGACAAUGCUGGAACACCAUCACUUGGUGUGUUCUCGCACGCAUCGGCGGUGUCGCUCUCUGAGCGGACUAACACGGUCGGAGAGCCAGGUCUUCAUGUACUCGCUGCGGCUGCGGCUGCAAGCGUGGAGGACUCACAGCCAGCGGGAGAGCUCGCAUAUGAGGUAACCGUCACACCCCGUCGACGCCGCAUCGCACGCAACACACCCCAGGGCCCAGAGAAGUGA